UGACUGACUUCACCACUUCCUCAUCUCCCACCAAAAAAAUGGCUCUCUCACUUCUCUCAGUCUUUAUCUUUCUCCAUGUCUUUACCAAUGCUGUUUUUGCUGCUUCAAACGAGGAAUCCAAUGCAUUGGUUUCUUUACCAACACCAACUCCUCCGAUAACUAAAGGUACACCGCCAACUCCGGCAAUCAAACCGCCGUCGUACAAGCCCCCCACGCUUCCAACUACACCGAUCAAACCACCCACCGUAACACCUCCGCUCAAACCUCCCACCACUCCGGUUACACCAACCAAACCUCCAGUUCCAACUCCUCCUAUCAAACCACCGCCGGUCCAACCACCUACGUACAAACCCCCAACUCCAUCCGUUAAACCACCCACGACACAACCAGUUAAACCACCGCCGGUACAACCCCCUACGUACAAACCCCCAACGUCACCGGUUAAACCACCCACCACAACUCCACCGGUCCAACCACCUACGUACAAACCCCCAACGUCGCCAGUUAAACCACCCACCACGACGCCACCGGUCCAACCACCUACGUACAAACCCCCAACGCCACCAGUUAAACCACCCACGACACCACCAGUCAAACCACCGACACCACCGGUCAAACCUCCGACACCACCUCCCGUAAGAACUCGGAUAGAUUGCGUGCCGUUAUGUGGGACGAGGUGUGGGCAACACUCGAGGAAGAACGUAUGUAUGAGAGCGUGCGUCACGUGCUGCUACCGCUGCAACUGCGUGCCCCCUGGUACGUACGGUAAUAAGGAGAAGUGUGGAUCUUGUUACGUCAACAUGAAGACCCAUGGCGGCCAACCCAAAUGUCCUUGAAAGCUUUAUGAAUUAUGACGACGAUGGUCGUCUAUGUGAAAGGACAUAACUAUAUCUAUGAGCUUUUCUUUAUUAUUAUAUGUCUGCAAUGCGUUUAUUUUUGUUUUAGUAAUUUUGAGUUUGGAUGUUUGUUUACGGAAUGUAGAAUAUAUAUAUAAAAAAGAAA